AUGUCACAUCCUAGUGAGUCAGAUGCGGCUGCAGGGAGCUCGGUCGCCUCGGCCCCAGACGCCGAGAAACGCGCGAGAGACCAUAAAGUCGCACCACGCGUGCCGAAUCCACGUAGUUGCGUGACCUGCCGAAGCCGAAAGGUUCGGUGCGACAAAUUGUCUCCUUGCUCAAAUUGCCGUCGUGCCAAUAUUGCCUGCAUUUAUCCGUCCGGAGAUCGCCCGCCGAGAUGGGUCCGGCGUCUUGAACGCCCGGUUACCGGGGAAGUCAUGGAGAGGCUUCAUCACCUUGAAGGUCUUGUAAAAGAAUUGACUAGCCAGUUGGAACAGGCACAUGCAGCGGCCAAGUCCCCUCCUGCGUCAUCCAACUCCCCUGGGAGCUCCACCCAUGACCAUGACCUUGGUGCGCAGGGGACUGCAUCCUAUUCAGGGUCGUGCAACGUGCCAAAUCAAUUCGGCAGACUCGCUCUCAAUGAUGCUAUCCGAAGUCGCUAUGUUGGGAGUGGCUUUUGGUCAUGGGUUAAUGAUGAGAUCGGUGAACUGAAGACAGAAACUGGCAAUCUUGCCACUGGAGCAUAUGAUUCUUCGGAUGACGAGAAGUCUUCGAAGACUCCAUCGACACAGGAGCUUGGAAGAACGCCAUCAGACCGACAUGCAUUCAUAUUUCGACACAACUUAAAUCCUUACACCCCCAACACUAAAGAAUUUCAUCCAUUGCCCUCGCAAAUACCCUUUCUGCUUAAUAUGUUCUCGGAAAACGUCAACGUUGUUGCCCAGAUUGUACACAUGCCUAGUACCAGCAAAAUGGUCAGUGAGCUGCGGGGUGACAUGUCGAAGCUGACUCCAUCCAACGAAGCCUUGAUGUUCUCCAUAUAUUAUGGUGCUGUAACUUCAAUGGAAGAAGAAGAAAUCUUGAUAAAUUUUGGGGUGUCAAAGCAGGAUUUGAACCUCAAAUAUCGCCUUGGUCUGGAAUACGCCCUAGCCAAGGCCGAUUUCCUCAAUGCACCGGACCUCGUCCUGGUACAGUCCCUCGCUAACUUCCUUCUUCUCGCUCGACGACACGAUAGCCCUCGGUACAUAUGGAUGAUGACGGGCAUUGUAAUUCGCAUGGCACUUGCCCUUGGUCUACAGCGCGACGGCUCUCACUUUGGACAUCUAUCCCCUUUUGCAAUCGAGAUGCGUCGAAGAGUCUGGUGGGCGCUAUGCAUGAUUGAUGUAAGAGCCUCCGAAGACCAGGGGACUGAUUAUACGAUCGCCUUGGGAAGUUUCGAUACAAAAAUGCCUCUCAACAUCAACAAUGCCGACAUCAGCCCGCAAUCCAAAGAAAUGCCACAAGAGCAUGAUGGACUAACCGAUAUGUCUUUCACACGAGUCAACUAUAGAAUCGUCGAUCUUUCAAAACAAAUGGUGACCCGAAGCUCCAAGUCAACCAGCUUAGAGGAGCAAAGCCGUUUUCUAGAUGAGAUGUACCAGCAUCUCCAGGAUGGCUUCCUGCAAUAUUAUACCGACGCGGAGUCGAACAUCAUGUAUUGGACAUCUGUCGUCAUCACUCGACUUGUGAUGGCGAAAAUGACUCUCCUUGCCUUUGUUCCCGUCCUAUUCGCAUCUCCAAACGAAAAGCUGACCGAAGAGCUUAGGCACAAGCUCCUGGUCGCGGCGAUUGAGGUUGCCGAGUAUAAUCACGCUUUGAAUGCCAAACAGGCUUGUCGGCAAUGGCGAUGGGUCUUUCAAACAUACACCCAUUGGCACGCAAUUGUAUACAUUCUGAUUGAGAUUUGCCGGCGCGAGUGGUCACCCAUCGUUGAGAGAGCCUGGGCAGCUCUCCAUAGUGUCUGGCUGAUACCGACUCAAUCCCACAUGACCAAGGAUCUUCGUAUUUGGGUUCCCUUGCGGAAGUUACGGAUCAAAGCUCAGCAGCAUCGUGAGACUGAGCUGAACCGACUCAGAGAGGAUCCCAGUGCCGUGGAAAAUCUUGAGAGGCUGGAUAGAGAGAUCAAACAGCCUUCAAGCCCUGAUUUCUUCUCCGAUAAAUCCGACGAAAACUCUGCCUUGAUCGCAAGAUGGCGAUACCUAAUAUCAACAGCUGAUAUGACGUUGCAUGCCACGGAGGCUACCUAUCCGUCUAGAUCAUCCGUACAGUUGCGAAAUACCGUGAACUCCAACACGGAAACCACAUCUGACACUGUUUCCCACGGCUCACAGGCAGAUCAAGGUUUAUCUUGGCUGAGACGAAACCUCGAAAACCCGUUUCUACCGGGCGAAAAUAUCCAGCCAGUACAAGAUGUCGCUCGAGAUAUCCCGCAGCACCAGUCUGAUCAUGAUAGCAGUGGAAACAUCAUUCCAUGGCUGUGGACAGAUGAAUUCCCAAACUCAGCCAUGGAUUUAGAUGGGAGUGACGUGGAUUGGUACAACUGGGUUGAAAGUGCGCAAGGGAUGGAAUUAAAUUUUGGCCUACAUGAAAUGGGGACAUCUGGACAGCUACCUUGA